GAAUGACAGGCGGCGGGGUCUAUCCGUCUAUCGCAAUGGCAGCUUAAUUGUAGCGAUUUUUAUGAAUUAAAUGUGUUACUCGAGUUAUUUUCUGUUUCUGCCGAUUACCAAUGUGAAAAUGUGGUUAAUUAAUAUUGUUUAGACUAGCUACACGUGUAUUUCACGUGCGCAUCGUUAGUUAAAAAUGUAUAUUCAGUACACGAUAGGAGCCAUUUUUAUUAUAUUUAUUUUGUGCGUUCAUUGUGAUAAUGCCGUUAAUAACAAUGAAGUAAAGGAAAUUUAUGUACCGUCCGCACCGCAUAAUCUCGUGGCUUACAUGGUGACCUCCAAUGAGAUUCUACUGUCGUGGGCCCCGCCCGUGACCUACACCAUAGUUCUGUAUUCCAGCCCAGAAACCACUCCCACUACCACCACACCAUCACCAAAACAAGAACCCCAAGCCGACGAACCAGUCAAUGACGUCAUCGGCGACACAGAUUCAAUAACACCAGAGAAACUUAAAGAAGACUAUUCAUCAUAUUGGAUCAAUGAAAAGAAACGUUUGAAUGACGAAUACCCACCAGACUUAAUUGACGGUUAUCGGAGCAAGAGGGAAAUCAGAUCUCAUAGACACAGAAAGAGACGGCAAGAUGCCAAUAAUACAGACAAAAAUCUCGGACAGGAAGAGUAUAUAGAGGAGACGCAUUCUAUAUUUAACUAUCCUAUUGAAGUGGUGAAGAAAUCUGGUAUGCAGUUUAAAGAUGCGACGCAAUAUGCUUAUGUAUUGUAUUACGAGCGAGGAGUAUCAAGGUUCGAUACAGUGAAUGUGUCUGGGGUGCCAACGUCAGACCAGGUGAAGAGGCAGAAUGUGUUUUCGAGUGACUUGGGCAUGGAGGGGUACUCCAGGUCGAUCAGGAAUUUGACGUUGUUGAAUAAAGCUGGCAAAGUGACCAAAGUUGUCGGCUUCCGGUUAAAGAAUCUAAAACCGUUCACACCGUACAAGAUCUGGGUGCGGGCGUUCUUCAACACGGAUGGGGUGCCGUCCGACCUCCAUGCCCGCCUCAGCAACAAAUCGGAUCCUCUCUACGUACUGACGGAUGUGGUUCCACCAUCAGCGCCUAACAUCUUGGACAUUAAGUGUGAUUCAGAGAGACGUAAACUGUACCUCCAAUGGCGGCAGCCGGCUGAAUACAACAACUCCUUGGACCAAUACGUGGUGACCGUUAGGAAGAUCCCCGACCUUCAACCCAGGACCAGACUGACGUUACCCACCAGCAAGAAUGACAUUGAGACAACUAUGAGUGUGGAAGUGGACACUUUGAACAACACCAGUUACGAAGUGAAGAUGUACGCUGUUACUAAGUCUGUUGCGAGGCUCAAUGCUGUCAUUAACGGAUCUGAAUCUCCGCCUAAGGUGGUGUCAAGCGAAUGGUGUUCCACUCAUCCAGAAGCGAUGUCUCCUCCCAGCGAAUCGACGAGGACGGGUGGAGUUAGCACGGCCGCUUUGUUGGCCGUCGCUCUAAUACCGAUACUGGCCGCUUUGCUUCUGGCGCUAGUGUACUGGAGAUGUAGGUCCCGGCUGAGCAAGUGUAUCAGCGCUGCGUACAACUACUUGGAGGAGGGGGGAGAGAGGGCUGCGCGUGCGCCGCUCAACGCUUACAAGAAACCCGUGUCAAACUGCUCCCCGCUGCGCGCGGCGAGCGCGGGACAGACGGGACAGACGGGACAGGCGAACGAGGCGGAGCCGGCGACCUCGCCCGCGCCGCCGCCGCGCAUGCUGACCCCGCACCACCCCGCUGUCGCCGCCAGGGAGUUCCCCCACCACGUCGCCGCUCUACACGCCGACGGUGACAUCGGCUUCAGCAAAGAAUACGAGAUUGUGGUGACGAAGUCGGCGGCACUAGGACACACGAGCCACCACAGCCACCGGCCUGAAAACAGACAGAAGAACAGAUAUCUCAAUAUUACGGCAUACGACCACUCGCGCGUGUGCGUGUCGGCGGGCGGACGCUGCGGCGCCGCGGGCUGCGCAGGCGCAGGCGCGGGCGCGGCGAGGACGAGCUGCGACUACGUCAACGCCAACUUCAUCGACGGCAUGCUGCCCGCGCUCAGCCAGACCGCUCUCCAACGGAUCAGGAGGAAGCUGGAGAGGCGGGCUCGACCGCACAGACAACCGUCAGUGAAACCCGCGAAGCCGCCGCCGAACCUCGCGGAAGGCAUAGAGUCAGCGUUCCUCAACAUAGAGUUCUCCGGCAUUGUGGAAUCUGAUGCCGAGCAGAACGACUCUGACAGCGACCAAAGUGAUGAUGAUAGCGAAUUGGACAAUGUUUAUGUUGAUAUAGACGGUGUACCAACAAGAGUGAAAUUAGAAUGGCUAAUAUGGCGUAGACGGUAUAUAGCAACACAAGGACCUACCCCGGCCACUCUAGAUGCCUUCUGGCGGAUGAUAUGGCAACACCGGGUGCAUACCAUCGUCAUGAUCACAAACCUAGUGGAAAGAGGCAGGCGUAAAUGCGAUAUGUAUUGGCCGGGCGGCGGGCGCGGGAGUUCAGCGGAGUACGGCGGGGUUCAUGUUACAUUGCUGCAUGAAGAUGUUAGAGCCGCGUACACUGUCAGACAUAUGAGGGUGAAGAGCGGUAAUAAGGCGCCGGUCGUUGACCCCGACGGGGACAAGGACAGUGAGUCGUCCGAAGCAUCUGGCACGGCCGCGGACGGCAGCCGCGUCGUGCUGCAGUACCACUACACGGUGUGGCCCGACCACGGCACGCCGCGGCAUCCGCUGUGUGUGUUGCCCUUCGUCAAAGCUGCUCAGGCCGACCCUGGCACUGUCCUUGUUCACUGCAGUGCGGGAGUGGGCCGCACCGGCACCUACAUAGUCCUGGACGCUCAGCUCAACCAGCUGAAGCUAACCGGAACCCUAUCACCGCUAGGGUUCCUCUGUCGCGCGCGAACCCAGAGAAACCACCUAGUACAAACAGAAGAACAAUACGUUUUCGUCCACGACGCCUUACUAGAACACGUCCGCUCCGGCGAAACUGACGUGGAAUAUGACAAAGCAACAGAAUAUCUAGCGAAACUGCUCGAGCCAAUCAGCGAAGAGGAACUCGCCGUUCUAGAUUUGAAUUCGAAAGCGAAAAGCGUUCACGACCUGACCAAUGGCGACAAUGAAACGACCAGUAUAAAAUCAAGUCCAAUCGAGUGUAGCGAGAAGGAAAUCUUUGAGAAUGGUAGCCAAAUGUCAAUUAAGACUGACGAAUUGAAUAGUGAGCAGAGUAAGUCCCAGUCGUCUGGGAGGGAUCUGGAUGGGGACGACUCGAAAGAGGGGAUGAUGAAUGGGGACGAGGGGGAGGGGGUUUACGAUUUGGCCCCGCGGUCCACAGAUACGUAUAGCAAGAAGAUGCAGGCGUAUAACAAUAUGAGCGAGGUUGAGAAAGAAGAAAUUAGGAGGGUGAACAGAGCGGAGAACUUCGCAUUGUUAGAGCGCAUGCGGUCGCUGGCUUCGAGACACCACACCUACCACGGCCCGCCGCCAACCAACCUGCUGGAGAAACAGUUCCAGUUGAUCGUGCGGUCGUGCGCGCAGUCGGAGACAGGCGCGGAGACAAGCGCAUGCGCACGCGCAGCGCACAAUGCAGACAAGAACCGCGCGGGCGGCGUACUGCCUUCCGACUGUGCGCGGGUGCUGCUCGUGCCCAAGCCCGGCGUCGAAGGCAGUGAUUACGUAAACGCGUCGUGGGUGUGCGGGCGUCGCCGCCUGCGCGAGUACGCGGUGAUGCAGCAGCCGCCCGCCGCCGCCGCGCGCGACCUCUGGCGGCUGCUGUGGGACCACACCGCGCAGCUCGUGCUGUGGUUACCGCAGCCCGGGGACCAGGAUUGCGACAUAUUCUGGCCGACGGAAGACGAUCGCGAACUUUACGUGGCUAACUUCAGAGCUAGUUUCGUGUCCAAAGACAUCUACAUAGCUCAUAGAAAAUCCGACCAGAAAACUCCAAUGGAAUCUCCCACAGAACCAGAGACAAACGGCUACAGACGACAAGAAAGCGACUGCGCAGACGACGAAAGAUUAAUACCUGAAAGUAGCUCUCCCAUCGCUGAAUCGGAACCGGCGUAUCGAUUCGACAGAACAGAGUUGCGACUCGAAAGACUGAGCGGCAAUCGAGAUCUGUCAACGAGAAAAUCGAUAGCGAACGGAGAUCUAUUCUCUUCGUUGGCAGAUAAGAAGAACGGCCCCAAAUCGCCGAGGAGUCCGUCGAAAAUGUCGUUGAAGAACUUCAAAUUAAGUUCCCCGACGAAGUUCAAAUUUCCUGAUUGGGGCCAUCGAACUGCCGGUUCCCCACCCGACACAGCCCCUCCCCCUCCGCCCGUGGCGCCAUCUCUAUCCGUUGAAGAAGAAGCGGAACUACGCCGGCCGUGUUAUAGGUUCGAAAAGGUCGACAGUAUCCCUGAAAAUAUGCCUUUAGACCGCAUUAUUGAAGUGACAAAUGUGAGCGUGCAUUCUUUACAAGAUGAUUAUCAGUUGAGUGUUAAGUUUAUCAAAUGUGAUGGUUGGUUAGAGGGAGACACUACUGAGUAUAUAGCAGGGAAGCCCGAUGAUAACGAGUUUGUGAGAAGAGUUAGAGAGGCGACGUCGGAGAGCGAGAGGGAAGAGGCGAUAGAGAGGCUGUCUCACCCGUAUAGAGAUUCGUUCGCGUUGAUUGAAUUCGUUGCUGGGUGUCAAAUGGAGUAUAAGAAUGGACCCGUCGUCGUUAUUGACAAAUACGGGGGUUGGAAAGCGAUGAGUUUCUGCACCCUGUCCUCGGCAUGCGGCGGCGCCCGCGACCCGCGCGCGCGCGACCCGCAGCGGCGCUAUCGCUCGGCCGCCGACCAGCGCGCGUCGCUGUACUGCGCGAGCGCGCUCGCUGCGCAUGCGCGCUGCGGCACUGACCAGCGUCCGCAUACGCUCUCCGCGCUGCUGGCUUCCUACUGCGCUCUGGCGCAAUACGGACGAUUGCUGACGGCUCGAGCUAACAGGUGAACCAGGUUUCCGAGCUCAUCGCACCAGGAGUGACGGUAAUAUUGUAAAUUAUGAUAUAAAUACUCAGUGCGUUGUGGAGGCUGCGCGGGAAGAAGAUGGCGAGGCGUAGCCAUGCGUGCGAGCGAGAUGCAUGAUCACCCACGCUUGUAUAUAGUGGGUGUAGGCAACUAUUGUAAUAUAUACGGCAGCUAGAAGUGAAGUACCAGGUAUUCUGUUUGAUAUAAGGCCAGUGGCUCCAUCUGUGCUUCGUUUCAGUUUGAUUUAUGUGCAAGUGGACACUUUAAUGAAAUCCAUAAAUAGAAACAUGAUUAUAAAUAUAGUCAGGAAUCAUUGCAAAAUCAUUUUUUUUUGACUUUAGCAAAGAAAGUAAUUCUUGUCUCUGCGCAUCAAGAUUGUGAAAAAAUUCAAUAUGGCGUCGAUGAUGCUCAAAGUUAACAAUAAAUUAAUUGGAAUAAGCUUGUCUCUUAUGAAAUAAGAUGUGGUUGUGUGCAUUAUGAAUAUUUACCGCACGGUAAAAGAUUUUUCUAGCAAUUUUUUUCGACUUUAUAGUAAUCUGUCGCGUGUUCACUUGAGCAUAUGAGAUUUAUAGCGCUUUUAUGUGGAAUUAAGUUUUAUUAAUGAACAGAUAAAGCAUUCAUGACAGAUUUAUGAAAACAUUUAGAAAUGAAUUUAAAAAUAUAUUAGCACACACACAUUUAUAUAGAAUAUAAAAUAAUACAAUAAAUCUGUAUUAUUUUUAGGUAUUCUUAUAUGCUCGAGUAAGUAGACACGGCAGAUUUAACUAGCCAUAUAAACGUUUCCAUAGCAACAGAUAGAUAGCAGUGCAAUAGUUAAUUUAUAAUGAACAUUAGAGCAACGCGUAAAAUAGAUUAUAUUUUAAUAUUUUCUUUUUCUUAGCAAUUUAAAUGUCUAGGAUACAGAUGUAUUUUGUCAAUGGUGACAUUUUGUAAUUAAAAUAUACAUAUGGUCGGAUGUGUAUUAUGUAUUUACGGGCUUCGCGUAGAUGUCGCCAGAUGUUGUCAAUAAAAAUUGAACCUUAACGGUCAUUGACGUAAUGAUUUAUAAGGUAUAAUUUUCAAUGACAGCCUCUAGCGCGAGUUAAGUCGAGUUGACUCUAUUUGUAAUUCCUAUUAAAUCAAGUUUAUGGUCCAGUAUUUUUUAUUAUUAAACUAGUUAUUGUAAUUACGAUAUAAAUGUGAAGACUGCUUAUUAGUGGUUGGUCAAUUAAGGUGGAAACGUUCUGUUGCGGAGAUGGUGCAAUUCUAUUAUGACCGUUUUACGAAUUUCGCACGUAGUACAGUACAAUCUAGACAGACCUAAAACUAAAUUCUUAUAUAAGUCCCAUUUUUUAUGUUUAUAUUUAGAUAUAUGUUUAUGUUUAUAUUUUGUUAUUAUUUAGAGUCAACAUGUGUCCCACUGCUGGGCAAAGGCAUCUCUCCAUUUUUUUAUGUUUAUAUAAAGGCAAAAUUAGAUGAUAUUUACCAUGAGGAAAUUUCGUUGUUCUCGCUUAUUACAUAGAAUCGAUGUCUUUGAUUCGUCAAACUAUACAUUGGUUGAGAUAGAAUUUAGUAUUUUACUCUCAGAUUAAAAUAUAACUUAGCCUUUUUGAUUUUUGAUCAAUCAUUUCAUAUAAAAUUCUCUCCUAAUUGACUAAUGUAUGACGCUCAGCCUAUAUACCAGGAAUUUGCAAUGCAGUUUCCUUGGGGAGUUUAGGGGGGUGUCCAGAGAGGAUUUUUCGAAAUUCCCACGGGAACGGAAAUAAAAAAGUAAUACAAAAUAUAGAAUGCGUCAUUAUUUAAUAGUUUUGCACCAUCGUGUAAAUUGGCUAUGGUGUCGUACCAUUACGUGUGUUCAGUGGAUAAUCUCGUUUUAGUGGUACCCAUUCAACGCCCAGCUUCAGAGUGCCUGGACAAAAUGACUAUUUUUACAAUACAAUUUAUGUAUUUUUUUUUCUUUUCUCGUCGUUCUGGUAUGUAGAGGUAAAUUAUUUAUUUUAUUAUCAAAAGAAAAUUUUAAAAUAAAUGUGUUCAAUCUCAUCGAUCGAAAUAUAAUCGUGAAUAAUUUUCAUUUGUGAAGCACUAGAGCGAAAUAAUAUAAAAAGAAAUAAAAAAAGCGAUGGUUGUCUUUAUGUAAAUUGUUAUUAUUUAGAGCCAUCAUGUCAUCUCGAUUUUUUUAUGUUUGAUCCGGUUCUGAGUUGUUAUAUAAAUUUAAAAAAAAUAUAUAUCUUAAAUGUUUACCAUUUUGUCCGGGUCUCUGACAAACGUGUUAGUCGCGUCCGCAGUUCAAAUAUAAAUUCUUAAAUAUGUAAAUUAAGUUUUUACAUAUUGUUAUAUGUUAACCCACCUUUUAUGUUUCCAAACCGUAACGUAUCUUUUAUAUAUCGCGGUAUAUUAAUUUUACAGUGCGCGUCAGAUUACAAUAGAAAUGUCAAAGACGUUAUAAUGCGUUUCUCAAUUUUGAAAACGCUCUUAAAAAAUAAUGGAAUAAAUUAGACAAAACUUUUGAGUUAUUUUUCAAAUUUCCUAGCCACUUGAGAUAAAAAUGGCGUCGUUGACAGUAUUAUUUAUUAUUUAAAACUCAUAGCACAAAAUAGUACUUUAAUUCAAUUCGUAUUUGUGUUGUUCCACGAAAAAAGGCACCUUAUGGAGGGAAGACGCUUGAAACGGUUCACUUGCUCAUUACUAUUAUAGAUGCGCAAAAUUAACGUCGUAAUCGUCUGCCCUCCAUUAUCUUCGAGUGCUGUCACAAUUUACUGUUCUGUUCUUAAUAAUCUUUCAUAUUAUAUUUGAACUGAGGUAGUGUAUUUGGAGAGCUAGUGUUGUGUAUAUGAGGCGGCGGGUGGUUUGCGCUCAGAAUCGUUUCGUGCCAUUUUAGGCUUACAGUAGCUAAAUAUACCGCGUAGAUAGGAACAAUUUUAAGAGUUCUUGCGGGACUUUUAUCCCCAGGAAUCAUUACUUUGAACGUUAUUGCUUAGUUUCUACAUUUCAGUUUCUACAUUUUAUAAUUCAAUUCAAUCAUCAAUAAAUAAAAUACUUUUUUGCGACCCACGAUUUUUUUCUGUUUGUCUUAAUGAUUAGCUGGAAAAUGCUUUUAGCAUUAAGUUCAUAAUAUUUACUUACUAGAUGCGUAGUAAUUACGUUCCUGAGAAUUGUUUAUACAAUCAUUGGUAUUCUACUUUUUCUUUUUCCGUUAAACUAUAUAAUUAUAAUACUCUUUUUGUGAUAUAUUACACAACUGCACGCGCAUUUAUAUAUAUAACAUUCUUUAAAAUAAUAUUUCAUUUAUAUUUUGGUAGUAAAUUUUUUACACUUUUCACAUAAAUAUUAUUUCGCUAAUAAAACUAUAUUUGUUAUACGAUUCAUUCCGUGUAAACUUCCCGCCCGUACGAUAACCAAAGAUGAGCGCGUUAGAGGUAUUACCGAAUGUAGGCUACAUAGAGUGGGUGUUCCAUGUCGCUACUGACUUAGGUAACGUUAGAGUAAGUAUCAUUGUCUUAAAUCCGCGCGACGACUCAAUUCACUGCUAAAGGACUAUUUCGACUGGAUUCCAAGCUACUACUAUUCGUCUCUGUCUUACAUGAUAGCGGAAAUACAGGAAAGAUAUCUGAUCUAAAUACACACUACUUUUAUAUGUAUUGAGUAGACAUAAUGUGUGUAAACUUAUUGAAUCAGUUCUUAGGUGUUACUUAGUCAAAAUUGUUCUUUACAAAAAAAAAAAAACUAUUUUUAGCCGUGAAUUUUGGUCGUCGACGCAGACAUUUUUAUAUAUAUACACGUAUGUAUAAAUAUAUGUAGAAGUGUUUCAGGCUCAAUUUAUAUAUUUUCCUUUGCAAUAAUCACAAUUUUGAACAUUAAUCAAUUGAAUCAGGGUAUUGUCAUGCAAUCAUGGAAUAAUUCGUUAAUCGUGUUUGGUGAUUCACAGAGCGCUGCGUUCGCGCUGUCAUUACGACCCGUCGGUUUUCUUGAGGAAGGAAUCAUUUUCAAAAUCAAUCAUUAAAAUAAAUAACAUUACCUACCACAGUACAGAUUAUCUUAAAGUCAGAUAGUAAAACUAGUUAUUGUCUUUCUUAAAAUUUGAAAAAUUGUAAUUAAAGUACGGCCGCAGCGGCGCAACGCUCUGAGAAUCACCUGUUUCUGAAACAUUUGUUAUAUUGGUAACUCUCAUUGUCAUCGCAUAUUUCUAAAGCUAAAUAGUUUUAGGGAUCAAUUGUCAGUGAAUUAUCAUAAAAAUAAUGUUGCGAAACACAUAAACCUUAAGCUGCAGAAGGAACAGAAAAGGAUGCAAAUAUUAAAGAAUGCUGUCUUGCUUCUCUUUCUUUUGUAUACAUUCAUCCUUUUUUGUUUCUUCUGCGCAUGUGUAUACUGUCAUUUUUAUAGUUAAGUCUUCUUCCAAUCAGAGAAAUUUGUUUUUUAAAAAAAUAAACUCGAGUCAGUUCCUGGAUAUUCGUAGAUAGGUAUAAAACUAAAAUUGUUUCUCCUAAUUAGUGCCUAACUAUGGGCGGUGAGUAAUAUGAUCGUGUUUUAAUGAUUAUGGGUAUUUUUCCUGUUAAAAGUAUUCGAAAGAAUUGAUAUCUCAAUAAAAUCCCACGACAAAAUAUAAUGUCGGCACGACAAAAAGGUUAUCUUGACAUAAAAAUUAAGUCAUUUCGCCGAAAUUAUGUAUUUUUCCAGCAAUUUCGUUAAUCCGGUGUUGAGGUGUUUUUUUUUUUUAUUAGAAUUCAAUAUUUUCAAAUACAUUUUCUAACAUAUAGUAAUAGUUUAUUACCAUAUUCUCUGAUUAAGUGGACUAUUCCAAAAGAUUGCUAGAAUAAUAAAUAAAUGUUCCAUGUUGUAUGUACGCCUGAGAGUUUCCCUAGAUUGUAAGGUGUAAAAAUGUUGCCAGGUUUUUAAUAUUAAUAAGUACCUAAUACCGCCUUGUACGUACAUUAUUGUGCCAAUUUUUGUAACAAUAACCCUACCGGUUUCAAGCAUUCCACACACUUUAUUUUUACUUGCCAUAGUAAAAAAAAGUAUUUUACACAAAUCUGUUACAGUUUGAAUAUGUAUGUUUGUGGUGAUCCGCGUGAAAGAGAAAGAGUUAAAUUAUCAUGACGACCUCGGUGGUGCAGUGGUAAGGUUCUUGCCACUGAACCGAGAGGUCCCGGGUUCGAUCCCCGGUCGGGUCAUGAUGGAAAAUGAUCUUUUUCUGAUUGGCCCGGGUCUUGGAUGUUUAUCUAUAUAUGUAUUUGUUAUAAAAUAUAGUAUCGUUGAGUUAGUAUCCCAUAACACAAGUCUCGAACUUACUUUGGGGCUAGCUCAAUCUGUGGUAUUAGUCCUAAUAUAUUUAUUUAUUUAUUUAUCAUGCCUGAAGUUAUUGGCAAUUUAGCGUUAACCAACACUUGUGAAACACAAUUUUAAAAAGCUAUCAGUUCGAUAUGUUAACUUUAGACUAUCAGAUACUUUAUCAGCAAGCGCUAAAACAGGCCCUAAGAAUUAUUAUUGUUAUUGAAAAUUACUUAAAUUAAUGAAUUGAAAAAAAAAAUUUACUUCCAGAAUAAGAGGUUCUAUUCCAUAUGAUGGCAUCACUUUAUUUUUUAUAAUUUAAUACUAUUUAGAGUUUAGUAUCUGUGCAGUGAUAUGGGUAUUCGGUAUUACAAUGCCUCUGCUGUCCAUUGCACUGUCGACUUUCAUUUUAUAAAACAUAUAGACGCUUGAAAUUUUCUUAAAAUGUCUUAUUUUCACGUAUACUUUUUCAUGCGGAUCCGCACAUUGUUUUUGUAUUGAUGGAUCACUUUCGUCGAGUUGUAAAGCUUAAGUUGGAAUAGAGUGUGUCGUUUUUAUUGUAGUCAUUUUGUCUGUCAACAAAUUUUAAUCCGUGGCUGACAUUCCAAAGGUUUUGACAUGCUAAAGUGUGAUUUAAUAAACCAAAAUGUAUUGACUAAAAUAUAAGAUGUAUCUUAGAAAAUAUAAAUAUUGAGAGCUACACAUAGACUGACAGAAAAUAUAAUUAAUUAUUUUUGUCGUUAUUUAUUCUACCUUUUUGCGCUUUUCCACAAAGCUGUUGGGAUGUCGGCUUUCGCCGUGAAACUGCAUAUAAAUAUGGAGAUACGACUUUAAACACCCGCCUUUCUCAUGUAUUUAUUGUCGUGAAACAUGUAAAAUAUGUUAAAACCAAUUGGUUAAAUGGAAGGAUGUAGAAACUCAACUUAUAUUUAGCAUCGAUUUUUUCCUACUAUCUCUAAAAGUACCUAAAAAAUUUUUACUUUUGCUAACAUCAUAACGAGAGGUAUUCGUAAACUGUAUUCGCUGCGUGAUGCAUCUAUUUGUCCGUCUCUCUUCACCCGUGUGGUGUGUGAUUGAGGCGGACUGAACACGCGCUAUUACGCCGCGUCACGCAGCGUUUCGACCGCUGCGGCUGCGCGGUCAUUACAAUCCGUCAAUUUUUUUGAGGAAGGAAUUAUUUCCAAAAUCAAUGAUUCUUAAAAUGGCAUUACUACAGUACAGAGUGAUUAAUGUAAAGUCAUACAGUAAAACUCAUUAUUGUCGUUGUUAAAAUUUGAAAAAUUGUAAUGACAGCGCGACCGCAGCGGUCGAAACGCUCUGCGAAACACCCUAUCGCUUCUCUCACUCAUGUUUGAAGUUAUACUCUUUUUUAUAAUCAGUUUCAUGCCAUAUUUAGAGAGUAUAUCAUUACAUGCCAUCAAUUCUCGUCCGUGAGAUGUAUGUGUUACGGGGCCCAUUGCUAAUCGUGCUCCGUUGUUUUGACCGUCCGUCCGUCCACGGACAACGCUGACAUGUAUGGAGAUUUGACGUACGUCGACGUAUAUCAAUGUCAAAACAUAUGAAAACAAUGAAGCGCAACGGAGCAAUAGGAUCUUCUAAUUCUAGUGUGAUGUGAACUAAUGUGAACAGCUAAAAGCAAAAUGCAUAUGACUUUCCUAAUCGUAACCACGACACGUCCGGACGUUGCGCGUUCAUGGCAAGUUUAGAUAUGAUUACAUAACACUUCUUUUUACACGUUAUUGUAUUACUAACACCACUAACCCGACACAAAGUAGCACAAGAAAUGUAGAUAAUUUAUUAUUAUUUUCAUCACAAUUAUUAAUGUUUGUUAACCACUGAAUUAUGUAUAGUAAUUUUUGUACCUUAUUGUAUAUUAUUGUCACAGAAUAGAUUAUUGUUUUUUUUUUCAAACAGCUGUUGCAAGACUAGUUUCUUUUUUUGAGAUGAAAAUACAGUUCUAAAGUUCUGGUAUCUCGUCCCAUGAUUAUUAGCCCCAUUGGGACGAAACACUGAAAGUCAUUUAGGCAACAAUUUCAACUUAAUUGAAAUAUAUCAAGCUUACACUUAUAGCAGAGUUUGAGCUAUGUAAUGUGCUAUUGUGAUAUGUGACUUCAAUAUGUUUAAUUUUUAUUUGUUCGACCACCGUUGUGUUAUACCAUAGUUAGUUCGAUAUUAGUCCCACGUUUCAAUCCUUACAGUCACAUUUCUCUGCGACAACUAUUUUUAACAUCUUCGACGAAGCAUUAUUAAAUUGUCAAAAAAUAAAAAAUCACCUUUUUUUCGAAAUAGCUGUCGUCAAGAAAUUUCGAUAUAAAGAUUGAAUUCGCCUACGUGACUUUUAUAUAUACAAUAGUCGCCGAGGUUUUUUACAGGUUAGAUAACGGCCUUACAUUGAUCAAAUAAUAUUGUCUUGUUCAGAAAAAUUAACGAACACUUGAAACCUUAGUGUUUUGCCUCGUUCUGUCUCUGUCAAAUAUUGGAGAGGUAGGGAUAAAACAUUUUUACUAAAAUACCUUUCAAGCGUAGAGCGAGAAAACUUAAGAACCAGUUAUGCUUGAUAUACCUACUCGAGAUGAAACUGGACAGAGCGCAAGUAUAUUUUGUCCCUAUUCGCGUGUCGCUAUUUAGUAGGAGCCUAUCGCUUUAACCAGUAUGCGUCAAGAUUUGUUUGAAACAGUUAUAUGUGGCGAUCACCAUGUCUAUAGUUCUCUCGGUCUACGCUUUCAAGUGUCCGUUCACUUUUUAUGAAUAAGAUUGGUGUUACCGUGCGAAUAACUUUUAAUUUAGCACAGUUUCUUUUGUGUAGUUAACGGUCAGUAUACUCUUGAACUAUACGUUAAAGUUUUACUAAUAUUCGUCUAGUAAAUACUUUGGUGCGCCAUCUUAAUGUGUAAUCUCACUAAACCUACUUUAGUUAUUAUAACUUUUUAGUAAAAAUAUUCGUACGGUCGACACACAACUAAACUGUAAAGCUUUUUGUCGGGCCUACUGAGUUUCGUCCCACACAAAAAUUUGGGACGUAUUAAGCAUAUAUUUGGAACUUUUUGUCUCGACUUGACUAAUUGGACUAUUAAACACUAUUGUAGUUGUGACCAGUAGUUGGUCACGACCUACGCAUUCUGUAUGCACUGUAUCAUAUCUCCCAGCGUGCACGAUAGGCAUAUAUAUGGGACGGAAGCAUAUUUUUAUGUAGGACGAGAUUCUGUGGGUCGAACAGAAAACAACACUGUUAGAAUGGGCGUGGGUGGGAAUUUUUCUGAGAACUACCCUCAGAUGCAUUUUUAGUCAUUAGUGAUAUUAAAUUGACUAAAAUCCCAACUGCGCUUAUAUGACUUUAGCGACGUGGUUUUAAUCUUUUGAUAAUUAUUUUAUGUACAGUAUGUCUAGCGAGUCUAGUUUCUAGUUGGUAUGCAUUUUUUGUACAACAUCACGACUAUGUAAACCAUUGAAGACUUAUUUAUUUUUUUUUGUAACCGCCUGUAUUAUUUCAAAUGUAAAAAUAUAUAAGAAAUAUCUAA